AUGCCGCUUGCCAGGCAUCUCUGCUUGCUCCUCUGCAUGGGAGUCGCGAAUGGAUUCCGCCCCAACCACGAAUCCGGGGACAUCGCUCCAUCUGACUUCACGGAUGCUGAUAUCACGGAAAUAGGAGUGCUGCGGGCUGUGGCCUGGUACCUGGAGAGGAACCCCUUGCCCGGAAAACCUCCCAUGAGCCCCGGGCAGCUAGAAAAUAUGGUGCCGCUGAACGCUACUGGGCUCUUCAAGGCUUAUUUCCAAGCUGACAUCUCUCCCAGCCGGUUAAUCAAAGCCAUCCAGGAAAUUGUUAAUGGGAAUAACCAAGUGGAGAGGUACCACAAACAUGACAGCAGCUUCUUCUUCUAUUGCGAAGAGAUCCCCAAAAGUAUCAAGCAACUCCAAAACCUGCAGGAAUCUGUGCUGUCUGCCAUGAAAGGUACCGUGAACUCAUCAGGUUUGGCAUCGGCUCGUCUAAGUGCCGGGAUGGCUCUCCAUGUGCAGCAGAAAUUCUACAGCAACACCAACUGGGUGGAGAUGAGGAAAGGAGAAACUUACAGACACCUGUUGAGCCCGACAAGUCCUGCUUUCCCCGUUGCCCCAGCCUCUAUGGAAACCUGCCGUGACUGCAUCCCAGAACCAAGAAACCAGUACCGGUGUGAGGAAAACAUAUUAGUGAAUGGCCUGCUCACUAGUGGAUAUAAGGUAUCAUCAACAUGCAGGAUGAAACAAAGGGGCAAAUGUGGACAUGGUGGGAGAGAUGAUGUGACCCAAAGUUUUCCUCCCACUGGCGGCAUCAACAAAGAGACUUCAAACCCCCUGCUCUCCCCACACUAUUACUUCCACCAGCAAGCAGCUGAAUUAGCCAUCCAAGCAACAAGGGACUUCUUUGUAGGAGAUGGACCUAGUCUCAUUAACCAGAUAGGCCAUGAUACGUUCAAGGCCUUUUUGAACUUGGAAGGCUACUCCCUCACCUUUGUGAUAGAUACAACGGGCAGCAUGUCAGAGGAAAUCCAGCAGGUCAAAACAACAUGCAUCAAAAUGCUCCAGAACUAUUUUGGCUCCCCGGAUGCUCCCUUUAACUACAUUGUUGUGCCCUUCAAUGACCCAGCUGUUGGCCCAGUCUUUCAGACUGAUAAGGUGGAUGAGAUGGAGGCCUUUAUCUCGAGCCUCCGUGUUAGUGGUGGUGGUGACUGCCCAGAAAUGUCCAUGACUGGUCUAAAGUUGGCUCUGCAAGAGAGCUUGCCAAGAUCCAAGAUUUUCACCUUUACUGAUGCUGACGCCAAAGAUGAAUCACUGCUGGAUGAAAUCAAAGCCCUGAUUGAUUCCUCACAGUCUGAGGUGAACUACUUCCUCACAGGGAGUUGUUCCAGCCGGAAACGCAGAAGCACUGAAGAAGAAUUUGAGGCAUCUGAGAGAAGUUACGCUAAUGUCUACGAAGAAAUAGCUGCUCAUUCUGAUGGCUUCUGUGUUCGGACCAGCAAAAGGGAGCUCAGCCAAAUGCUACCCCUAAUGGAGACUUCCCUGAACUCUGCCCCUGUUAAGGUGGCCCGUGGUCAUAUGGAAGGGACUCAUUUCCAUUUUGCAGUAGAAAGCAGCCUCGUGAAUUUGCUUGUUUCCGUGGCCAGACCAAACUACGGCAUCAUAACCAGCAUCACCCUGAAGCUGCCCUCAGGUGAGCACCUCACAUCUGCUCAGAUGCUGGUCGACACAGACACCCACAAGCUGCUGAAGGUGCCUUCCAUCGAGGAAUACGGGCUGUGGACGUUGAUCGUGUCUCCCGGAGGUUCCGCUGAAGUGGAAGUCAGGGGCAAGAGCUUGCUGGAUUUUUCUUACCAGAUUAUGGAAGAGCAGGAGGGAUACGUGCUUCCAGUCCAGGGACGCCCUGUAAAAGGUGAAAACUACACGGUCUCCCUUAAGCUCAUGGGAGAUACUGGAGGUGUUCAGCUCAAGCGCCUGGUUGUUCUCUCUAGCCAAGGGACCCCAAUAGACUCCGUUGAUUUGAACCAAAGUAUGGAUGCCCUCGGCAACCUCUUUGCCACCGCUUUCCUUCCCUUACGUGCUUCGGACAGCAUGUUGAGUUUGGAAGGUGUGUCUUCAAGCCAUCUGCCCUUUACACGAAUCAGCAGUAGCCACAUCAUCACAGAGUCCGUGAAAAUCGUCCUCUUGCCAGACCAAAGCAGCACCAUGUCACCAGGAGAGACCUUGGACAUCUCCGUCCUAGUGAUGAAUGACGGGGCAGCCUCAUCAUUCACAUUUAAGAUCUGGGACGAUCUGGGUUUGAUGAGGACUUUCAGCCCAGAAGAAAGUUUCAUAGAUUCCGGAGAGAACGUCACAGUCACCGCAACCUUUGCGGCCGCUGCAGAGAGUGACAGCUUUGCCUCCAGCAUUGCUACAUUCAUGGCCAAGGGUUCAGCUGCACAGAACUACCUGAAACUGCCCAUUACUGUCAUCCCUCAGGCGGCCCUGGAAACAGACGAGACCCCGCCAGUCCACAAGGUUGUUGAGUUUUAUAUUCAAUGUGUGGGCGACAUGCAGAACCGACCGGGUUGCAAUCAGAAGAACUGGCAUGUGAGGUUUUCGGCAAAGGAUGCUCAAAGCGCAGUCACUGUCCAAACCAACACAAAUCCUUCUGGCCUGUCUUGCAGCCCUCAAGGGACUUCUGGUAACAAGGAAGUCACCUGUGACUAUCAAGCAACCUGCUGCUCACCUGAUGCUGAGGUCCUGAUCAGUGAUGAAAAUGGGAACACGGACACUUUCACAAUGGACUACAGGAAAUUCCACUCUCUGACAGCCAAGUCUUCAGUGGGUGCCAGCAAAAGGCAGCCCGCUAUCACUUGCCAGGGCUGCAAACCUUUGCCCACUGCCCUGGGAGGUGACCUGGGCAUGGACAGGAGCACCACGUAUGCCAGCAGGAAAAUCCCCCAGAGCUGGCUGGAAGCCUUCUGGAUCCAGGGGCAGACCACCUGA